GCUUUAUCAAACCCUGAUUGAUUAUAGGUUUGAGAAUAACCGCAUUUGUAUCGCCUUCUUCCUCGUCCUCCUUGUCCAUAAGAAUUUCGACCUCUGGCUCGAUAGGUAGAAUAUUGACAUCCUCCCUCAUUUUGAUAAUUAUGGCCACGUCCUCCUUGAUUUUGAUAAUUCUGGCCACGUCCUCCUUCGUAAUGGUAACGUUGGUUGCGUCCUCCUCGGCCACCGACUCCUUCAUCUACGGCGGGUGCUCGCAGAUCAAAUACGCGGCGGGCUCCCAAUUCGAAGCCAACCUCAACUCCCUCCUCACCUCUCUAGUGAACUCAGCCACCUACUCCGCCUACAACAAGUUCAAGAUCAUGGGCUCGGCCCCACAAGACGUCGUCUACGGCCUCUACCAGUGCCGGGCCGACCUCGCCAUGCCGGACUGCGCCACCUGCGUGGCCCAGGCCGUGUCCCACCUCGGCCCCCUCUGCCCCCAGGCCUGCGGCGCCGCUGUCCAGCUCGACGGCUGCUUCGCCAAGUACGACAACGUCUCGUUCAUCGGGGCUGAGGACAAGGCCGUCGUCGCGAAGAAGUGCGGGCCAUCUGACGACUUCGACGCCGGCCAGAUGGCCCGCAGAGAAGCCAUGCUGGAUGGUUUGAGCCGGGCUGGCGGGCCGUUCCGGGUUGGCGGGUCCGCGGAUGUACAGGGCGUGGCGCAGUGUGUUGGCGACUUGAGCAAUGGGCAGUGCCAGGACUGCCUCACGGAGGCCUUGCGGCAGCUCAAGGCGGAGUGCGGCGGCGCUGUUUUUGGAGACAUGUUUUUGGGAAAGUGCUACGCGAGAUAUUCCACUAAUGGGGCCCACGCUUAUACCCAACCAAAUCAUGAUCAUUCGAUUGCUCAUAGCGACUCGGAGAAGACAUUUGCUAUAGUUCUUGGAUUAUUAGCCGGGGUUGCAUUGCUCAUCAUCUUCCUCACUUUUCUGAGAAGGGUUUCCAAUCGAAACGGUAAAUAAACAAAAAAUAAUACAGUGAGAGAUUUGCUUUUUCGACAGCCCUUUAAUUAGCCUUUCCAUUUUGUUGGUGCAUGGUGGAUAUCAACUUGGCUCUCUCAUACUUUUUUCCCCUCUCCCAAAAGUAAACAACUUUGGUGUCAAAGC